CCACACCCGGUACGAGCCAUGUAGUCGGGCUACCCUCCACCGCGAUACACGGCGGACAAUUGUUGCUUCUGCGCCCACAGGUGGUACAUCUUCAUCUUCGAUCUUCGUGCCCGUAGACGUUCGCGUCCGGUGUGCCACGUCGUCGAACGCGACCGGGGCCCAUGGACGAGCCUCGAUCUAUCGUUGACCGGUCGACCAAGCGCGCGUCGUGCUGCUCGUAACCGCGCUCUGCUCGUCCAUGUCGUGCCUCUCUCUACGUGUCUAGAGACCCCAGUGUUACUUACGUGCCACCGCUUGCAAAAACCUAUUUCGUUUCCUCGUUCAACGUCGUUUUCAACGUUCGCCCGUCAUUUGUUUCGUCGUCGUGAUUACUUUUACGUAUACUUCCGUGGUGCUGCUUUCACGAUACUCGCGUCUAUGUGUAUUGUGAGCUUGGGUUUUCCGUGUGCGUUACUCGAAGCAACCCCUCUACGGCAAACGAUCGAGUCGUAUCGAACCGAGUAGACAGGUAAAGUGGAGCCUGAAUUAUUUCUGCGUUAAUCGAAGGUGUUAGGGAGGAAGAGGAAUAGAAGAAAGAGAAAGGUGGGACGAAGAAAGAGUACGAGGAGGGACUAGGAACGCAUACGUGGUUCGUCGCCGUGAGCCACCGGCGAUCCAAGGCUGCGACGAGGCCCGCGAACAGCCGCACGAGGGCAGAGUUGUAGCUUCACGCGGGUUCCUCCUUUCGCGGUGCUUCCCCGCCGUACAAAACCAGCCAUCACCAGUGCGAGGAGGCUAAGGAAGGGCGAAGAAGUCGCGCAAAGUCCUCCUACGGGUUUGUUCCUGCUUUCUGACUGGCAAGCAAGACACCAGGCUACCGGUAGACACUGAGACAGGGUGAAAGAGAGAAAGGGAGAGGGGACCACUUACCAGAGGGAGUUAUCGACUACACACGUAAGGCGACAGCGCACACGUACGGAUACACAAACAUCGCGGACCUGUUGUCCAACUUGUUGCUCGUCCCUGCAAAAGGCACACCUCGCCUGCCUCCACGACGCACACGUUUGCUUUCCGAAAAAGGACCUUCGGUUAUUUACAAUUCGUUAACUCGAAGAUAGCAGCUUGAAUUUUCAGCUGGAAGAACCACAGCCUGGCUGGCUCGGUCUGUUAUUCAGCCUACCGAGAGAAUCGCGAUUAAUCGAGCGUAUUUUAUAAAUCCGCUCGCUCCAGAGAUAAGAAACUGGUGAUUCGAUUUGCUCCUCUACGCUACUGGAAUUGUACCUUCUUAUUAGAAAAUCUGUUUAAUGGUGGAAGAUUGAAGGUUCUACGAGAGACUGUUUUCAUCGGGAACAUUGGUGAUUUGUAUCGAGAAGAAGGAAUAUAUUGGGAAAGAUUUUUUUGAAAUUUACUGGGACGGUUUUAAAGAAGAGUAAGAGGAAGCACGCGGCGUCGCGACCAUUAUUUGUCGGAUUCACCGCACUCGAAAUCGCCGAGAUGAGGGUAUCGUCGCGAGAAUGGACACGCCCGAUGCUGCACGAGAGUGUUGCCGGCAGAAUGGAACGAUGCUCGGAUCAGGAGGGCGAGUAGACGGUGAAAAGUAGUCCGAGUGGCGAGAACUGACCUCUGAGAGAGACUCGAUGCGGUAUCAGGACGAACCGAGAUAUAAAACACGAAUAAUUAAAUACAAUAUGGAUAUUCGUAAAUAAUCACGAAGUAUAUGUACAUUUUUAAUAACCGUGAACACUGAAACAAAUUUUAAUCGAAGAGAGUUUUUCAAGCGGCGUACGAAAGAAAAUUACUGAAGAGAAUAGCGUAAUAAAAAUAGUUGAUACGGAUUGUUUGGAUUUUAUUAAACUACGAUGAAGCGUAUAGAUGAAAGAUUUCUCCAGAGGAAGAACGUAAGCACCGGAGGCGACAGUAAGCGGAAGACAGGGCAAAAGUAGACGAAGACCGAGGAAUACCGUAAGAACCACGUAAUCUUCCACCCGUGAAUACAACGAAAGCAAUAUUACAAACAAGGUAAAGCAACAAAGAGAAUCUAAGAAAAGAAACAAAAGAAGCAAACUAAGAAGAAAUAAAGCAAGGCAAGCUACAUUUUUCUUUCUCUCUUAUAAACUCGAGUUACACCGAGGAAUCUCAUCUGGAACCACGUACGUUAACACGCACAAACCAAGUGUUAUUAAAAAGGAAGUUUCCAGUGAGGAAACACUUCCGGAUAAUCCCAACUUCCGGGUGUAUCUGAAAUCUCGAGUUGGACUGACUCGCUUCGCCGAAAAGAUAUUUUAAUAUAAAUCUAUACACGUAUCUAUAUAUGUGUAUAUAUACACACACUAUAUAAAUACACAAAUAUACAAGUAUAUUUAUACACACAGACACGUGUGUAUAUAUAUUUACGUGAAAUACACACGUAGCUCCGUUUGAAAUCGUGCAACGACAUCUAGAAUUAAAAUACCGCCCCCAAACGGCGAUCGGAAUCGACAUUUCCGGUAGAAACGAGCCCGCCACAAGGAAGUGUCCCGUUUUUAUCAACUCUGCGAAUCGAAUAUCGAUGCUGCAAUUACUUGGAGCUUGACUAGUUCCUCUCGAGACGCUCGUGACCAAGAGAAAGAAACCAAAAGCCAAGAUGCCACGGUGUUAUAUGGUGAAGAAGGCCCUGUGCAACAAGUAUAUAAGCAACGUUGCCAGAGGAUUCGAGAGCUGGGGUCGCGGAAGGACCACGCCAUCGCCGACCACCAUACAAAUCCCAGUUUCGCCCAUAGAAGGGAGCGUCGCACCCCCUGUUGCUCAAGAAUACCUGAAUGCGAAGUCCCAAGAUACGACUGCAACGACAGGAGCGAAGACGCUCGAGCAGAAUGUCCCGAAGGAGAAGGUAAACGAGCCUAGCAAUGUGGACAUGACGGCGACGACAAACACCACGAGUACACCAUCGACGGAAUCUUCGACUGCAGCUCGAACGGAGACAUCGGUGAUCACCUGCACAGCUACAUGCUCACCAUCCACGGUGGUAGCUCCGCAAACGACAGAAUCAAUCGCCUUGAGCGUCGAGGACACAACGAUCACGACAUCCACGUUGCCUUCCACGGCUCCCAGAUCACCGUCCAAAACAGUUCACACAGACCAUCAGCAACAUACGACCGUGCUCCAUUACACGCCACCGAGGGAGCCUUCUCCAUCCUCGAACACCGCUACACCGUACCAUGUGGAAGAAACAGCGGAUCAUUCCACGUCUGAUUCAAGGAUAGGGUCCAAUAACGGCAAUGUGAUCACCAAUUACGUGUCCUCGAUGUUCAAAGACCGUUCAGCGGCUGAAACAGAAGCUGCACACGAUUUACUAGAGCUCUCAAGAUCGUUGCCCCCAUUACCACCACCCAGUGUCGCCAUCGGGCCACAAAACGUGAUAGAGUCACCUGCAACCGAUAUCCAAGAGAUGACGGUGUACCAACCGAAUCAACCGAUCUACCAAGUGAACACUAUCGGUUUAACAAGUUCUACAGUCUACACCCAUCACCAACACCAGCAACCAACAACCGCGAGCAUCAUUUACGAGCCCAGCGCAACGAUAGUCCAGCAAACGGGCAGCGUGUUCAUCCCACUGUCCCCUGUUCAAGAGAUUCUGCUCACCUAUAGCACGCCGUCCAUCCCGUGCACGCCGACCAUCCCGUGCACACCGACCAUCCCGUGCACGCCGAUCAUGACUACACAUCAUCCACCCCAACUACUACCACAGCAACAGCAUCUUCUCCAAGCCAUAGAGGCAGCACCACCACUGACCCCACCUACGUCUGAAUGUAGCAGCGAUAUUGAAAAUAAUAAUCCAAAUUCGCAACCCAGUCAGAAGGAUAAAGAGGUGCAAACAGUGCUCGAACAGAGCGAGGUGAAACCGGCGAGCUAUACGUAUGACACUUUAUUGGUAACUGACGGGAGGUCGAAGAAUAAGAAGGUUUUACCUAUUCAGAAAACGCAGGAGGCUGAACCGGUUGAAGGACUUGAGGCAUCAAAGAUCGGGCGUUACGUCUGUUGCGAGUGCGGUAAACAGUACGCGACUUCGUCAAACUUGUCACGACACAAGCAAACCCAUCGUAGUAUCGACUCGCAAUCGGCGAAGAAAUGCAUCCACUGUGGCAAAGCAUACGUAAGCAUGCCAGCCCUGGCGAUGCACGUGCUGACCCAUAAACUAACACACAGUUGCGGUGUCUGUGGCAAGAUGUUCUCCAGACCGUGGCUACUCCAAGGACACCUGAGAAGUCACACGGGCGAGAAACCUUAUGGAUGCGCGCAUUGCGGCAAAGCGUUCGCCGAUCGGUCGAAUCUGCGCGCCCACAUGCAGACGCACUCCGCGGACAAGAACUACGAGUGCCACAAGUGUCACAAAUCGUUCGCGCUCAAAUCUUACCUGAACAAGCACCUAGAGUCCGCCUGUCAAAGGGAGAACGACGAUUCCAACAAUGACCUAGAUGCACCUCAAUAGAUUCCAUCGAGUUACGGGCACUUUUGGCGCUAGUGUCGCUGCACGUCAUCAAUUGGCGACACAUCAGAUGAUAAACGAAAUGCAAGAAAAGAUUCUCCAAGGUGCAAUCCCUUCUGGUAUCAACUUCAAUGGGUCAAUUCAAUCUUUCUGGAAUUCGACAGUUCCAACAAUGAUGACUACUUCGUUGUUUCCCUUCCUCCCUCUCGUAAACUUCCAAAAAAUCCCACGAACCAUUCUCUCGAUGAAAAGCGUAAAAGGAAGGAUUCGUCCACGAAACAACAGAAACAACGAAGAAUUUCGAUCGUUGACGUCACAGGUGAUUUUUCGAUUAACCAACAAUCACGAAUUCAUCGAGUUCCCAGUCUGGGUAAGCGAACGAUCUCAAACUGAUCGCGAUUCAUGUCACCAGAAGCUACCAGCAAGCAAGGAACAGACAUUUCGAAGAUGAAACCCAUAAAAUAGGCGGACGUUGAACCAACGCGAGAAUAUCGUGGUUAAACUAACGUUCUGAAUUCUCGUUUCGUUCUUCGUGUGAGUAAACAUUCAAAGGCGUAUAUGAUUAACGUAAGCUGAUUAUUAAAGUCGUUUUCGCACAGAGAAAGGAACGUUCGAGGAGAACGGAGCGUAUAUACAGGGAUAAAUCGUCGUAAAGUAAGGAGACACGUGUUUCAUUGCAUCAAGACGCGCACGGUGCGAUUCAAGCGACAUUCCUUUCGUCCAUGGACGCUCGAUGAGAUUCUAUUCGUCGUCCGGUGAAAUCGAUAUUCGCGUGGCAUCAAGGGAAACGAAAACGACGCUCGUUCGCUUGCCGAUGAAGUGUCUGGAAUACGAUAGGGAGAGGCAAAGAACGAACAGCGCGGCGAAAAUCGAUGCAAUACUAUCGAGGGACCAUCAAUUUGUGAGUAAAAUUCAUUUCGAAUCGCCGAUAGUCGAUGGGAACCGGGUCAAUUCUAGUCAAGGAACUUCGGAAUCCAAUGAAAAUAAUGCAUGCUCCAAGUACGCUUACUAGUCGAUUUAACGACCUUCUCUUUGAUGAAACUUGGCAGUUUUCAGAUGUCGCGUGGCAAUUCGUGUACCAUCGUCUCAUUCUUAUUGAUUUUCUGCGUGCUCUUCUGCAAUUUGACUUAAUGCAAUAACCUGUACAUAGUGGGAUCCACUGAUUGGGAUCAUUAGGAUUGGAGGAUGAUCCUAGGAUCAUUAGUUGAUAGGAAUAUUUGACUUCUAUCUUAGUUCUAUCUUAUCUAUCUUAUCUUAUUCUAUCGCGCGGAAUAAAAUAGUCGAAACACAGACUGAAACGUGAUUCGUGAUAGGGAAAGCGAUCUCAAGCGACCAAUUAAUUUCAGGACAAGCUAUAGCCAAAGAAAAUUUCGUUUGAUUCUCCAUUUCAUACUUGUCGACGUUUUAACGUGCCUCUUCUUUCUCAAUUCUGCUCGACAUUGAUCUCAACCUCAUUCUCAACUUCCUUUCGUAUUUAUUUUUCGUACAAAUGUAGUAAUAUCUUCACGACGAGCUAAAACAAUAUAUCGUAUCGUAACUUGACCGUUGUCGAAAUGAUUCGCGGGCAAGUUGAUAUCCGAUACCUAUCGAUGGAUGAUAGGAGACUAUCGAUGUUAGAAACGCGAAAAGUUUCCACGCGAACGUAAUUUCCUCGAGGAAUCGUUUUCCCAAAGUUUCAUCGGCGCCCUUGGCGUACAAUAGGAACGAUGGAGGGAGGAUGAGCACACGUCGGAGGUUUUCAUCAACAUUUCACGUAAACUGGACCACCUGUUGAAUGCAGGAAUGACCAUUGGUGGCGAAAGGGUCGCUCUCUCGUUUCGCUCUCCUAAAUUAUAGAACAUCCUCCCGUAAUUUCCUCGUUGUCAGAAGUAUACGCCAACGAGACCGCCAUUUUUCGUUUUUUUUCUUUUUCUUUUUUUUUCUUCAAUGAGAGAUGAUUUAUAGAAUGACUCGAUCUGCGUAUGAAAAAAUUACGGAAAUUUGUUACAUCCUCGAGGAAUUUCCUAAUCGCUUGUCUAGUCAGAAGCUUCUAGUUGAUAAUCGAUCACUAACAAAAUUUUGAGAUUCUUCUUUUAUCGUAAAUUUCUAAUUUAAUAACGCAAUAAUGCAGCUCUUACUCGAUAGUUUGUAAGUGCGUAAAUUUUUAUUUUAGGAGUUAAUAAAUGAACAAAUAUUGCAAAAUAGACUUAGACUGUUCUAUUCUAAGAUUGUACUUAGAUCGUUAGCUACGCUUUCAUCGUUCCUAGUCCAAUAGUCGUUUUAUUUAUCGUCUAGUUCACUCGUACUUACAACGUUCUUAAUCGUGAUAUUAAUUUGAUAUAUUAUUAUUACGACGGAAGGAAAAUCAGAGCGGGGAAGACGAAAGGAAUGUCGACGUAUAGAAAAUAUCAAGGACAAGCACCGGCAAGUAACUGAAAAAAGAAAUAAAGAGACUUCCGCUCUAGUCAGUGAGCUACGCUUGUAUCGUAUCGUUUUAUCUUAGGUUGCCUCGAAAAACGGGGCUUAGUCUUGUAUAAUAGGUGAAGUGAUCGUUCUUAAAUUUAAGUUGUUCGUGUCGCUAUUGCUUUCACGUGGGGAAAAAAACGCGUUUUUUAUAACGACCGUAGAGAUAUUUUGGUACGAAAACAUUUUCAGCGAUUAGAAAAGAAAAAAAAACAAGAAACUUAGGGGAUCGACCGAUUGUAUUAUUGCGUACUCGACGUAUCGGUUAGUUCGCGUUAAGUAGUUUUUAAACGGACGCAACGGAACAAACGAGCUUUAGCGGUUUAAGUUUCUAAUAAACUAAAGAAAAUGAGAAUAAAACGGCGUCGAAUGCGUCUGCAAGUUUUCUCGCGCCGUGUGUCUGUUUAGCAGAGCAACGUCGAACCUCGAUCUCGAGGAUUUUCACGUCUGCAUUCGACAUACCAGCAACGUGCAAGUGAUUCUUCGAAAACAGAAAAUGGAAGAAAAUUCAACCCUUAAAGGCGAUCGCGAACGAGAGUUUACCGAGACGAAUCUUCUUUAAACUACAUAAUUAAGUGUUUUAUCGUUGUUCGAUCUAGACGAGGAGCAGCAAAAUUACCGUUUGCGCUGGUCAAAUAACAUGACGGUGGCGGUAUCGUUACUGGA